CUUUGUUGUAAGUCUCUUGAUGCGGCUGUGGUGAAAUUUCACCAGCGCUCCAAUAGAGUCACGUUCUGCUUGCUUUCGGAUCGAGCUCAGACUGAUAUCUGAUUGAAAAACCUUCAUCGAUCGCGAUGUUCGCCCUUGCGUUGUAACUUAGGAUUUUUGGGCAUGUGACCUUCUCAAGACGAGCUUUGAAGAAUCUGAUAGAGUUGUUUCUUAGAAGUGUCAAGGAUACAACGUACAUAAGAAGGCCUUUGUUAUGUACGUGGAAAACCUCGAAAGGGACAACUCGCUAAAAGGGGUUCUUUUCAUCAAAGUAAGCGGUCAGAUAACAAGUGAUACGCUGUGGAAGAAAGAACGGAAUUCAUAAUGUGUUCGGAACUUUUACCGUUACACUUGCCGACCACUGCCGCCAUGUGCGCUUUGAACAUACAUCUCUUAGAAGGUUCCUGCCAAAGAAAGUGCUUGCCCCGACAACAGAUCUCUCCUGGCCCUCCCCGAUGCUGUUAAGAUAGGAGUGUGCUCUCAAGGAACAAGCCAAUACAGUUUAUUUCAGCCACGUACUGAGGAGAGGAAGACGUCGCUCUCGCAUCAUGUCCUCAACCGUGUCACCUUUUCUUUUGAUAUCCAUUCUGGAUGUAGCCGCAGUCUUUUUCAACGGACGUCUAUUACUAAGCUGCUUUAAAGACAAAACAAAGCAGAAGUUUAUUCAAAAGUGCCGGAUAUUAGCAAGUCUUCAGGCCGCUUGCCAAGUUUCAAUUCUUGGCGCAGAUACCGCAGAGUGGUGGAAAGGUUUCCGCAUUCAACCUACAGAGUCCUGUAAUGUUUUAAGAGUUCUUUCCCUUUCAAUGAUGUUUUUCCAAACUUGUAACCUGACGGCAAUCAUGACAGUGUACUAUGAACAUCCCGUAGGACACGAAAAACGGAGAUCAUUUUCUUACCUUUUGGUAUACGCAGUGCUUCUUCUGGGAUUCAUCGGUUCCGCAAUUUUCUUAUGGCACGGUUGCUUCUCACAAACGUCUAUUUCUCAAGCCGUAGUAGAAGUUGAAUUGAUUUUAACCAUGUUUCUUAUCUUCUACCUGCUUUCCGUAGCCUUGGAUAAAAACGAUGCUGAAUACAACAAGGAAGUCACCUCAUUAAAAUCAGACGCCUCGACGAAGUCGCGUUUUUCGUCAUGGUCGUGGAAAGCCUGGAAAGAAAGCAAGAAGUCCUUAUUCUUCAUCGUUUUGUUUACGGUAUGUUUGGUGCUGAUUUUCAGCGAAGUGGCCCGCGCUCGUUUCGAAACAGCUUUGUGGGAUCGGGAUUUGAAAAGAGAAACGUCGUUCGACGGAAUUGUUUAUCUACUGAUUAUAAAAUUCUGUGUGGGAACAGUUUUACUGGUAACCCUGUAUGAUUUGAUUGAUUCAAACUAUGCCGGAAAGAAAGACAAAGCCACCAUAUCAAUUGUGCCUGCAUCAAUUUAAAAGGUAACUUCGCCAUUAGUUGCAGAAACUGAAGUAGACCAUCGCUUAAUAGCCAGAUAGAUUCACUCGAUCUUUAUUUAGGAGUUUUUCUUUUUUUGGAAAGUAAAGAAACACACGGCCUCUUAUUUACAUUUCAUUGACUCUCACUAUGUCAUGAUAUUCUUCUUUACUUCUAUUUCCUCAAAGAAUGUCGAUAGGGUUGACGUCAGAGGCACUAUAUUCGAUAGUUUUUGGAAAGUAGAAAUUUGAGUGAAGAUAUCAUUUGGGCUAACAUCUGGGUAAUUAGAUUAUAAAAAGGGAAAUCGUCGAUUUGUAAUACUAAUAGUGCUAAGUUUAGAAUUUCUUUGAAAAUAUUGUUGCCAAUGUUGUUAGAUCCACGGUGACUAAUAUUGUUAUUAUUGUCCAACUGUACUAAGUAGUGUAUAAAAAAAGAGCGAGUCGAGAACAAAUAUCGUAUGAUAUUGCACAGUUGCUAUUAAUUCCCCCUUGUUAGAAAUGCGCA